CUACCUUGUUUGUGGUUUCGUUUCAUCCACUGUUGUUUGUGUCAUUUACGAUCUACUAAUAUUUAUUGAGGUUUUGCAAGUUUUUCAUGCGCUACACAUACUUCUUAAGUGCUAAGUUUUCUGUAAAUUUAGUUAGUAAAUGUACGAUAAUAAUAUCAUGCGCAAUUGAAUUUAUAGAAGUGUCACAAUGAGUAGCAAUUUGGACAAUGAUAGAUCGCUCACAAAUAAAAUGCAUCCAAUAGAUUUAGCGCCCCAAAAGAUCACUAUCGUUAAAAGUGUUACGAAUUCAGAGAUGAAAAUGGCUCAUUUAAUUCCGGGUCAAGCUAAAACAACAGGUUCAAGUCAAAUAAUAGCCCAUGCAAGCCCGGGAACUGGCUUGAUGCGUCCUGGACUUGCACAAAUAAUUUCUUCAAAUGUUGCGUCCCAGCCUCAAAUGAUAAUAAGUGGAUCACCAAUCUUGCAGGGUGCUCAGAUUGUUAGCCAGAGCUCACAGCUCAUAAAUCAGAACACACAAAUCAUGUCCCAGUCACAAUUGAUAUCACCUAGUGGGCCUAUCAUAAGUCCUGGCACACAGAUCAUAAGUCAGGGAACCCAGUUGUCUGCGCAAGUGUCCAGUUCGAAUAAUGCAGGUUCAACGAAUGUUCAGGCCAAUGUGACUUCUACAGUGAGUGGGACUCAAGUGUUGAAUGUUGGAGGGCAGCUGGUCAGUGGUUCUGGCAACCUAGUGGUGAACUCAUCUGUGCGAACUCUACCACCUACAGUGAGGGUGCUACCUCCAUUGCCCCACCAUAAUAAUAGACCAGCUGUUUUAUCAAGUGUGAAUGUGAGCAGCACAAGUGGUGUGCUGGUGAGCAAGAGUGUGGGAGUUGGAGUCACAAGUCACGUGAGCCAUGUGCCUCGAGGCCUCGCAGCUGGUGCCUCACUCGCCGUUCGCCCUGUCACCCCUGCAUCCAAUUCUCAGGCAGCUUCAGGUGGUGCCUGGUCGGGGGCGUCUCGCGGGCCGCGCAGUACGUUAGUUUACGGUCAGAGAGGAGCCCGAGCGCCCGCACCUACAUCAUCACCCGCACAGCCCACCCAGCCAAUACACUCCACUAUUGUUACCUUGCCCACUACAUCUGUGCUCACUUCAAGUGGUGUAAUAUCAGGUGCCGGGCGAGCUAUACCGCCUCGUGCGCCGACACCAACGCCUGUCGCCACCGCGCCACGACCAUUACCUCUGUUGCAAAGGAAUUACCAACCUGCUAAGGUGGUCGGCGUAGCGAGCGUAGGCGUCCGCGGCGUAGUGGGCAACAGCGCGCCCACGCAGCUGUACUACGAGGUGCCGCGCGGCUCGCACGCGUCGCUGGCGCCGCCGCCCGCGCACCCCGCGCACGCGCCGCACGCACCCGUGCCGCGUGCACUCGCGCCGUAUCUGCACCAGCCCGCGCAGUCGCCGGCACAGGUAACAGUUGUGAAUGCAGUGUCGGCAUCGCCAGAGUCCCGCGUGCCUGUAUCCUCCGUCCCCACUCAAGCAGUGUUGCCGAGACCAUCUAUACUUAGGAAGAGAGAUCUUGAUGGUUCACCAAGCAAGUCAGUCGGCUACGGUCGGUCGGGAUGGGAGGACGUGCCCGUAGGCGCGGGCGGGCCGGCGUCAGGUUCUACCACAAUCAGCGCAUCGUCGUCCCCAGCGCCCGACACCGAGCCUGACCCGCCGCGGCCGGACCCCGACCUCAGUCCGCGCAAGAAGCCUCGGAAACAGAUAUUAAGUAACGAAGUCAGACAGUGUGACUAUCAAGGUGAAGAACCCCCGCCUACUCCACCGCCCGUCACGUUUAAUCCUCCCCCAAAACGUCCUCUCCUAAGUUCGAGUUACGUAUGCGGUUGGCGAAGCACAGCGCUGCACUUCACGCGGCCGUCCGACGUGCGGCGACGGGAGCCGCGGUCUCGUGACAUCGUCGCUAUCGCCAGCCAGAAGCACGUGCUCACUAGCGCCGAAGGCUGGAAGGUGCACCAUCUUACCGCUCAGAUGGAUGACUUGAUGUCUUUAGAGUCAGACGUCGGCGAACAGUUGGCAGGUCUCCUGCGUGCGUUAGAAACUGCGUCAGGACGCGCCCUGUCCGCUCUGCAGCCCCAUUCACACACGCUACUCGAGUUAUUAAAGGGUAACAUACAAAGGAGUAAAAUCGUAUGUGAAGGCAUCCAAGAAGCCCGCGAGGACAUACUACGAGUAUUCACGCACAGGAACUUUGUAUCCGACAUUUUGACUCGGCAAGCGGAUAAGCGAUGUUUCAGGAAGCACCGGUCACAAUCAUAGCCGGCUAUAGAAUCUCACACACGGAAAAUAGUCAGUAUUUUCUUGUGAUUGUAUAAGUCUCACACGAACUUUCGCCUUACUCAAAAUCACUAUGAUAUCUUCCUAGAUAUAUAGAUAGCAUAAUAAUCGCUGGUAAAUUAUGGAAAGAUCACUAUGAAAUAGAAGAUUUAGUGAGGUUGAGUGAGGCUGCAAGUGCAAUAUUAUGACUUGUACUGGAGUAUUUAAUGAAAGUGAUUCUUUAUAAAAUAUAUGAGGUUCUAAACUGUAAAUAGAUUUAAGUUUAUAUUAAGCAAUGAAAAAUAUUUAAGUUGAGAAAAGAAUGCCUUGAAUGAGUUGUGUUGUUUUGGGGACUUAAUUUUGAAAAAUACAUGAUUUAUAAUUAUAUAAUAAA